AUGCUCGAGCCGAGUCCAGAUGAUGGUAAGACAGCACUUCAUUGGUUGAUGAGGUCGAUACCAGGUUCCCUGGACCUGCAGAAACGAAUUCUCAAACUCUUCUUCACAACGAGCGGCGAACUCAGCCCAAGAGACUACGACGGUUGGACGCCUUUGCACAUAACAGUGUUUGAAAACAGUGUCGAGUUGGCAGAAUUGCUGAUACAGAACGGCGCCAAUCCCCAUGCACAGGACCACUCUGGCAAAACACCGCUGCAGCUCGCGAACGAUCUAGAUCGCACUGAGAUCGUUGCUGCUAUCGAGAUUGCGCUCGUCAAACACACUGGAGAUCGGCCACAGAUUGUCAUCGACCCUAUGAACCAUGAAUCGCAGUCUCACGAGUCGAUGUCGCCUAUCUCUCUGCAGAGCCCGGAUAUUCAUGUUCAAGUAUCCAGUACCAACGGAGAAUUGCUCAGAGAUGAGAUUGUCGACUGGCUUGAUGGGUAUGCCUAUCUGGAGGCACCAAACGUGUCUUCGACUCUAUUGAAUACCGGAGAGCACCAAAGGCUCCUGGGCUGCACAAACUACACAUCAUGGUGCACCGGCUCUUCUCCUCGACGCAUAGUAUGCUGUGGGCUCCAUCAUACUCGAUUGGUAAGUUGUGAUUCUGUCAACGUCAAAAGAUGCGGCGGAGAUUAA